CAUAAAUAUGAAGAGCAUGCGGAGUCCGGAUCGAGGGCACCCAUUUGUGAUAUCCAGCGGCCACAUAAUAAAAGCUUUCAAGCCCCAGCCAGUGCCUUAUUGCCCGCAAAACCUCACAGGAAGAUAAAGAAGUCGAAAGUUGAAAAGCCAGUUGCCGCUACUCAAUCGGCCUCACAGUCUCAUACAGGAGAGGUUAGUUAUUUAAGUUAA